AUGCUGCAUCCUUCCUUGCGCAAUCUUUCAUCCAUGAUGCAUCCGAAUACAUUCAAUGUGGUUGUCUCCGGGGGCGGCAUCGUUGGGGCUGCGUCGCUGGCCUCACUUCAGCUGCUGCGGUCACGUUUUCUCUCCGAGACUAUUCGAGAGGAUUCCACAUCGGCGCAUUUGGGUUACGCGUCUCGUCUUUCUCAGUUACUGCUUGCGGAUCCCGUACCUCGGCCUCGGUACGACGCGCAGAACGUGGUGCACACCCUACGCACUGUGAGCCUUACACCCGUCUCAAGCAAACUCCUGGACAACUUGGGAUGUUGGCGGCGCCUGCAGACAAAGCACCCUUACUAUCGCAUCGCCCUUCGACACGAGCAGACGAAUAGUCCGGCAUUUCCUCAACAAAACCGUCCUGUGAGUCAUUUUAUGAGUUGUCUAGUGGGCGGAAGUGCGGUGACGGCCGAGCCUCUUCUCGAGUUUACGGACUUGAAUCGACCACUUGGAUUUAUCAGCUACAAUGCAGAGGUCAACACCGAGCUCAUUAAUGUUAUUGAGGAUCAGCAAAACAUUAAUGAAGCAAAUGUCGCUACGGAUCGAAUUGUUUUUGGCUCCUCAGUGACGUCGCUUACUCUUCCGCCACAGAAUCUCGUUGAUGGCGCACUGGGUAGUGCGCUGCUGCGCAGUUCCUCUGGUGAAGAGCCCGUGAAGUUUUCUCUUCUACUUGGCUGUGACGGACGUGGUAGCUCCUUGAGAGAUGCCUUGGCGACCUCCGCUGUGCAGCACGACUACGCACAAACAGCCUACGUCUGCACCGUUCGUUUAGAACGCCUGGAUGAUGGCAAUGCCUGCAGUUUCCAGAAUUUUUUCUUGGACGGGGAUCUCAUUGCCAUGCUUCCCACGUCCGAGGAUACGGCGAACAUUGUCUUUUCCACAACACCUGCUCACGCCCGUGAGCUGAUGGCAGCCUCCCAGGCGGACCUUGUAUCAGAGCUAAAUAAACGCCUCCAUGCGUUUGCUCCAAGGGAUAUUCCUCGUAUUCUUGAGGUCCCUGAGGGAACUGUUAAUGGCAAGCAAGUUCGUGGACAAGGAACCUUCCCUUUACGACUCAACUUUGUUCUUCGUCCGUAUUCUCCGCGAUGCCUACUGCUUGGCGACGCUGCUCAUGGCAUUCACCCGUUCGCUGGACAGGGGCUUAAUUUAGGCCUCUACGAUGUCUGCGCUCUGGUGGAAUUGCUGGAAAAGGCCAUUCGCUCCGGGCAGGAUAUUGGUAGCGUCUGUGCUGUGGGGCAACCGUUCGCCUCGGAGAUGAUGCUGCACACCAGCAGUAUGAUCACAGCUAUGGAAGGUGUCUACGCUCUCCUCAACUCUGUACCCAGUUUAUCGUGUGCCGGCAUGAAAGCCUUGCAAGAGCUUCCGCUCGUGUCAUCGUUUGGGAAGCAGUGUAUCACGCAAUUUUCGUCUGGGGGACUCUUUGCUAGCCGUCACAGCGACUGCUUUUUGCUCUCGUAA